UCAUGACUUGAUUUAUAAGAAAUACAGUGCUGUAUUAUGUAAUGCACGGUUUCCAAGUUGUAAAUUCAUAAAAGAAAAAAACUAAUGAUAACGUUGAAUGUAAUACAAUAAUGUUGAAAGAAGAAAGAAAGAAAAUUGUCAUUUAUUCAUCACUGUGAAAUAUCGGUCUUGAUUCCGUGAAAGGCAGGAAAUUACGAACGAGACGAGGGCGAAAAUGUGCUGGUGGUGAGGUUGGAAAAAAAUGGCGGGCCACCUUCCCCGAAGACAGCUCGGCGAGUGAGUAAUGGCGACUGUGUGAGCGGCCCGUGCUCGUGACUGGCGAACAUGACGAGUCUCCUCCACCACGCGAUCCCGUACGUGCUUCUCCUGGCCAUCAUCAACUCCCACACGCAUAUAAGGGCGGUGUCUUCCGUGCUGGGCCUGGGCGCCGACCUGCUGUGCUCGCGCGUGCCCGGAAUCACGCCCAGCCAGCGCCGCAUCUGCAGCAGGGCGCCCGAUGCCAUCGUGGCCAUCAGCGAGGGCGCGCGCAAGGGCAUCGCCGAGUGCCAGAGCCAGUUCAGGAACCGCCGCUGGAACUGCUCGCUCCAGGCCAGCUCCAGCAGCGUCUUCGGCUACGUCGUCCUCCUGGGCAGUCGCGAGGCGGCCUUCACCUACGCCGUCCUGAGCGCCGGCGUGGCCUACAGCGUGACGGCGUCGUGCGCGCGGGGCAACAUCUCUACCUGCGGCUGCGACGACCGCAAGCGGGGCCGCUACAGCGCCUCGGGCUGGAAGUGGGGAGGCUGCAGCGCCGAUAUAAAAUACGGGAUAAAAUUCGCGCGCAAGUUCGUGGACGCGCGCGAGGUGGAGGGCGACGCGAGGGCGCUCAUGAACCUGCACAACAACAAAGCCGGCCGGAGGGCUGUGAAAAAAACUCUCCGGACCGAGUGCAAGUGCCACGGUGUCUCCGGUUCCUGCACGAUGAAGACGUGUUGGAAGACUCUCCCGGCGUUCAGCACCAUCGGCAGACAUUUGGUGAAGAAAUACAACUCUGCCAGAGCUGUGGUGGCGUGCAAGAUGCACAAAAAGUCCUCGCUGUACCUGGCGCUGCAGAAGAAGAAGAGCCGGCGGCCGCGCCCCUCGCACCUCGUGUACCUGGAGAAGAGCCCCAACUACUGCGACUUCAACCCCGCCACCGGGUCCCUGGGCACCGUCUCCAGGCAGUGCAACCGGUCCUCCGCAGGUCCGGACGGCUGCGAUCUGAUGUGCUGCGGCCGUGGCUACAACACACACCAAUACACUCACAAGUGGAAAUGCAAUUGCAGAUUCCACUGGUGUUGCUACGUUGAGUGCAACACCUGCCAGGAAGAGACGGAGGGUUACACAUGCAAGUGAAAUAGCAACAGAAUGCGGAACAAAGAAAACGGUUGUGAAAAAAAAAGAGAAAACGUAAAUACAAAGAAAACGCGAAACCAAUUUAUCCUUGUCGCCCCAUUAAAGUUAUAUAUCGCGUAAUACAUGGA